AUGAUUAAGUAUUAUACAGAGUCUGAAUGGUUAAGACCUCUUAUCUGAAUUGAUCAGACAUUUGCCUCUGAAUAGUUAAGCAAUAUACUAGCUCUUAAUGGUUCAGACCUCUUACUGGUUCAGCACUUAAUGGUUCAGACUGUUUGUUUCAGCCUCUUAAUGGUUCAGAUGUCUGAAUGGUUAAGAGAUUUGCCUCUGAAUGAUUAAGUAUUAUACAGAGUCUGAAUGGUUAAGACCUCUUAUCUGAAUUGAUCAGACAUUUGCCUCUGAAUAGUUAAGCAAUAUACUAGCUCUUAAUGGUUCAGACCUCUUACUGGUUCAGCACUUAAUGGUUCAGACCUCUUACUGGUUCAGCACUUACCGAUUCAGAAGUUGCCAAAUAGCCCCUUAUUAUAAUAAUGUAAAGAUAAAGGAAGUUCUUGGAAUUGAGUGGCACUUUUCCCAACGGUGUUGAAUUUGAACUCAAAUCUCGCGCUAUUAAAAGGAAAGAAAGAGUCCCAUCAUAAAAUAAUGGAGAGUUUUCAUGAUGAAGAAACAGAUGAUCAAUCAGAAAGAGCAUUGAAAAGUGGGGAUUUUUCUUCUUCUUCUUCUUCUUCUUCAUCUUCUUUUGGGUAUUGCAGAAGGAACUCAUCAGAGACGACUACUUCAGCUGAAGACAAUGCCAGCUGGGAAACAGAGUCCUCUCCUGUGACUUUUCCUCUCUUCAAAUCCCCAACACAUAGCAAAGCCCUUUCAAGACUCGGCAUGAGACAUCAAGAGAAAUUUGAAGAUGACUCCGAGGCUGUUGAUUCAGAGGUGGAAAUGAUGAAGGAAAGGUUUUCAAAGCUGUUGUUGGGAGAAGACAUGUCAGGAAGUGGGAAAGGGGUGUCUACUGCUGUAACCAUUUCAAAUUCCAUUACUAACCUUUUUGCAUCUGUUUUUGGUCAGCACCAGAAAUUGGAGCCAUUGAGCAGUGAUAAGAAGUCAAUGUGGAAGAGAGAAAUGAACUGUCUUUUGUCUGUGUGUGAUUACAUUGUAGAAUUUGUGCCCACUUCACAAGUGUUACAGGAUGGCACCACUAUUGAGGUGAUGACAAGCAGGCCAAGAUCAGAUAUCUACAUGAACCUUCCGGCUUUGAGAAAACUAGACACAAUGCUCCUGGAGAUUUUGGACAGUUUUGAGGCAAGUGAGUUUUGGUACACAGAGAAAGGAAGUGGGAGGGGGAACUCAUCAAGGCGGCACGGGUCCUUCAGAAGGGUGCUUCAGCCCCAGCCGCAGCCCCAGAGGAAUGAGGAGAAGUGGUGGUUGCCGGAUGUGUGUGUUGCGCACGGCGGGCUUUCUGAGAAAUCAAGGAAGAAUUUGAGGCAAAAAGGGAAAUGUGCUCAUCAGAUCCACAAAGCAGCAAUGGCCAUUAACACUGCCAUUCUAUCUGACAUGGGAGUCCCACAUUCUUACUUUGCCUCCCUCCCUAAGAGUGGGAAGGCAAGUGUGGGAGAAUCGAUUUAUCGGUACAUAAGUUCAGGGGAGAAGUUUUCGCCAGAGAAACUUCUUGACAGUGUAAAUAUAAGCUCAGAACAUGAAGCACUUGAACUUGCAGACAAAGUGGAGGCAUCCAUGUACACAUGGAGAAGGAAGGCUUGUUUGGCUCAUGCAAAAUCCUCAUGGGAGGAGAUGGUCAAAGAGCUCAUGUCUGACAUUGAUAAUAAACCAGACAAAAACUGUGUUUUAGCUGAAAGAGCAGAGACAUUGCUGUUUUCCUUGAAGCAAAGGUAUCCUGAGCUUUCACAAACAACAUUGGACACAUGCAAGAUCCAAUGCAAUAAGGAUGUGGGGAAAUCAAUCCUUGAGAGCUAUUCAAGAGUGUUGGAGAGUUUGGCAUUCAACAUUGUUGCUUGGAUUGAAGAUGUGGUUUUUGUGGAUAAAACCAUGAGAAACCAACAGUAAUAGUGUGUAGGGAUCUCUCAUCAUUCCAUACAAUUAACUAAAGAAGGGUAACCUGG